CUCAGAGGUGCUGUGCUGUGCGGCGGCUUUCUUCAACUUCAUCGUCGUUCAUUGUUGUCAGCUGGCCUGCUGCUGUACAGUAUCAAAACAAUCGAAGCGGCUGCACAUAUCACUUAUCAGUCUCGCGUGGGAGAUAAAAAAAGAGAGACAACUUUCGAACGAAUUAGCUCGAGGUACACACAUUAUGGUUUGAAAAUGCAGUCACUGCAGGACGUUCUGAGCAACGUUUUAUUGUCGAACCCGAUCAGCGCGACCACACUGGAAUUCGCGAGAAGUGCAGUCAACGGCGUGACAGAUUACACGGGAAUAAAGCCGAAGAAAGGGGGAGUAUCCUCGAUAAUGUCAUCGACUCAGGUGCCACUGUGGAAAUUGGCCAGGGCGUCCGGUCCCUUCGUCAGGAUAGCCGCGAUCAGCGGUGCAGCGGCCGUCGUUCUCGGGGCCUAUGGUUCUCACAAGACGUAUCCUUCGGACGCCAAGGGAUUGGAGCAGAAGCGAGUCUUCGACACGGCGUCGCGAUACCAUUUGUUCCACACACUUGCGCUACUGGGAGUGCCCAUGUGCAGAAUGCCUUACCUGUCGGGCAGCUUCAUGAUGGCAGGCUUACUCAUGUUCUGUGGUACGUGCUACUACUAUGCUUUCACUGGAGAUAAAUCGUACAGUAGAUUGACUCCUAUUGGAGGUACUUGCUUCAUUCUUGGCUGGCUUGGAAUGUUAAUAUGAGGAUUAUGAACAUUGCCACUGUAACGAUAGCUUUUAUGUCUAACCAAUUGACAGGUGCGUGUGAUCAAAGAAAACUAACUAAAUAUCACUUCGAUGAAAAUUGUACGAACUAUACAAAUGGAAAUCAAUGUAAAAUAUUGUUUUAUGAAUUAAUUAUUAC